GGUGUCCCUGUGUGAUGGACAGCACACAUUCGUUCGCAAGUAAGGCGUACAGCACAGAACGACAGAAACUCUCCACUAAUCACACGCACAGAAAUGCGGGUUCGUCGAUGAAGGACAAGCUGUUAUCCAAUGAUGAACCGAGGAGGGGCAGGACUUCCGUCCAAUUGCCCAUACCGGAACUCUUUCUGGAGACAUCAGUCCCCCCUAUUUGAUGUGUGGAUAUUCGUAAAUUUUGUUGAUACUACGUUUCGUGUCAAAAAAUUCUGGACUGCCUGGCUGUACAGCACGCGCAGAUUAUGAGAGAACGAGACGAAGGUGGUCGGCACCGCGCGAACUGAGUUUCCCAGAGUCUUCUAUAUGGGCCAUCUCCUCUCGAAAAAUGGUAACCGCGGUAACCGCCUGAAGAAGAGGAAGAGGAAGCUGCUGAAGAGGAAGAAGAGGAACUGCUUCCUGCAGGGGCCGUGCAUGCUCUGCUUCAUCGUCCACGGCAACAGCGGGAGCCUGGGCAACGGCAACGGCGGCGGCGGCGUCGGUGAGGACGACGACGCGCAGAGGUCGGAGGUCGUGAGCGGGUCCGGGUCGGGUUCCGAGCGGCUGGCGGCGCUGAGCUCGCCGGACGACUGCGCCAAGUUCCUGCUGUCGCCGCGGGAGCUCGCCAUCUGGGAGGGGCUGUCGGCCGUGCCCGCCCGCCUGGUGGUGCCGCGCGCCCUGUUCCGGGCCACGCCCGCCUGCGAGUACGCGGAGAUGGUGUGCAAGAGGAAGUGCGCCGACGUGCGCCGCUGCGCGCCCUGCAAGCAGCCGCGCUGCUGCGCCCUGCAGGAAGUGAUGGAGAACGGGGGCGGGGCCGGAGCGGGCGGGGCCAGGGACACUGCCGCAGCCGCCGCCCACCGACAGCUCCCCCUCUGCCCCCUGCCUUCGUCCUCGUCCUCAUCCUCCUCGUCGUCCUCGUCAUCGUCGUCCUCGUCGACCUCGGAGGGCGUGUGCGGGACGGGGCCCCUCACAGAUUCGGGGGAGAGCCCCGGGAGCACGGGCAGCACCACUGCGGCCACGCCCCGGAGCUCCUCCCCUUCCUGCCAUCAGGACCACGCCCACGGCGACGCCCAACCUGGGGAGAAUUCCGCCGACAACUCCAGCAUCAACCACCUGCCUUCCUCCAUCCUGCUGAAGGUGUUCUCGCACCUCUCUGUGAAGGAGCGGUGUCUGAGCGUGUCUCUGGUCUGUAAGUACUGGAGGGACCUGUGUCUGGACUUCCAGUUCUGGAAGCAGAUCGAUCUUAGCGGCCUGCAGCAGGUGACGGAUGAGCUGCUGGUGAAGAUCGCCUCCUGGAAGCUGAACGUGACGGAGAUAAACCUGUCGGACUGCCGCAACGUGCAGGACCACGGCGUGUGCGUGCUGGCGUCCCACUGCCCCGGGCUGCUCAAGUACACGGCCUACCGCUGCAAGCAGCUGAGCGACCUCUCCCUGGCCACCGCCGCCGCCCACUGCCCCCUGCUGCAGAAGGCCCACGUCGGCAACCAGGACAAGCUGACCGACGACGCGCUCAAGAAGCUGGGGCAGUGCUGCCCAGAGCUGCGGGACAUCCACCUGGGCCAGUGCUACCUCAUCAGCGACGUGGGAAUGGAGGCCCUGGCCCAGGGCUGUCCCAAACUGCAGAGGAUCUACAUGCAGGAGAACAAGCUGGUCACUGAUAGGUCGGUGCGGGCCUUUGCGGAGCACUGUCCCGAGCUGCAGUUUGUGGGGUUCAUGGGGUGCUCAGUCACCUCCCUCGGAGUCAUCCACCUCACACGGCUGAAGAACCUGAGCAGCCUGGACCUGCGGCACAUCUCUGAGCUGGACAACGAGACGGUGAUGGAGGUGGUGAAACAGUGCCGGAGCCUUAGCUCCCUCAACCUCUGCCUCAACUGGAGCAUCAACGACAGGUGUGUGGAGAUCAUUGCCAAGGAGGGGCGGAGUCUUAAGGAACUCUACCUGGUGUCUUGCAAGAUCACCGAUUACGCUCUGAUAGCCAUUGGGAAGUACAGCAGCACCAUAGAGACGGUGGAUGCUGGCUGGUGUAAGGAGAUCACGGACCAGGGCGCCACCCAGAUCGCCAAGAGCAGCAAGUCCCUGCGCUACCUGGGUCUGAUGAGGUGUGACAAGGUGAACGAGGAGACGGUGGAGAGGCUGGUGCAGCAGUACCCCCACAUCGUGUUCAGCACAGUGAUACAGGACUGCAAACGCACACUGGAGAGGGCCUAUCAGAUGGGCUGGAACCCCAACAGCUCCAGCGCCUCGUAGCCCCAGCUAACACACACUGUACACACACUAUACACACACACACACACACACACACACACUGUACACACACUAUACACACACACACACACACACACUG